UAGAAAGGGGACGACGCCGAGCCAAGAAGGGGAAAAAAGCAAAGCACCGCACCGCAGCAGCACCCCCGAAUAGUCCCCGACUAGGCCACUGCCACCACCACCAAAAUUUAACAAGUGGGAAAGCAAGCAAAGCAUAUUGGAAAGGACAAGGAAAAAACAUAAAGACAACAGGAUACCAAAAGCCACCGGCCUGUUCUUCCCCUUCUUCCCCUGUUCAAAAUUUGCCUUCUCAUUCUCCCUCUGUUUCCGCUGUAAUAAAAUGAUAACUCAUCUAUAAUAAAUCUGUGUACAAAGGUAGAAGAUAUAUCUUUGUAGAAUUAAAUAGGCCUGAUUGCCUCGAUUCAUUUCUUCUUUUUUUUUUUUUUCUUUUUUUCUAUCAUUCUUUUCUAAUCAUCUUACCGGCUGAAAAUAGUAAGACCAUUUUGCCCCUCCGAUUCCGUUAAAUUUUCAGAUCCGUCCGGCACCCCCACUUAUUGCUCUUAGUGGGACGGGUAGUUCCAGUUCCCUGCAGAUCCGCCCGCAAGACUCACCGGAGCUGCUUUCCUCGAAAUGGACGACUUAGAUGUGCUCGCACGCGACUUCGGCUACAGACCCCAAGGCAAAUCCAACCCUAUGAGAUCCGAAGGUGGAGAUCGCCGCUCCUCCUCCGCUCGAUCUUCCUCCUCUGCCGCCUUUUACGACGAUCAUGGUAGUAAUCGCGAUGGCUUCUUGUUCGAUGACGUCUUCGGCGGACCUCCAAGAUAUAGUAAUAACAACAAGUCCUCCUCGCCGGGGAAUGAUUUCGAUUACGACUCCAUUUUCAAAUCCUCCUCCUCUGCGACCGCUAACAGUAACAGUAAUAAUCAUCCCAAGACUUCCUCGGCUCCAGUUUAUGAUAAGCCCGUGUACGACGAGGAUAUAUUUGACGGAUUGCCGGGGGUGAAAACCAAAUCUGCGUCGUCUGCGGGGAAGUUUGAUGACGAUGUGUUUGCAUCCAUGGCGUCGCCUCCUAGGAGGAGUCAGAGUAAUAAUUCUAGUAAUAAUCGGAAUGAUCAGUUUGAUGAUCUGCUCGGGAAAUUGGGGAGGAAUGAGAGGAAUAACAACAAGAGCUCGAGUUCAGCAGGGUUUGAUGAUUUAUUGGGGAAUAUAACGAUGAAUGAACGAAUGCCAGAGGUCAAGAGUAGUAGUAGUAGGAGCACCAGUUCGAGAGGUUUUGAUGAUUUAUUUGGCGGUCUUGCCGGUGGCACUCCUGCUAAUAGUAACAGGCCAGUUUCAGAGUCAAAUCAAGGCCGAAAAUCCACGAGCAGCUUCAGUCAAUCAACUCCGAACACAGUGGAUGAUCCUUUUGUAGUUUUAGAUUCAACUUCACCGCCUGUGUCUUCAUCUGCAGGUGUUUUUGUUGAUCCACUGGAAGAGAUUGGCAGGCUUGGUAAAUCUGGAAGCUCCAAAGCUGGUGGGGUAUUUGAUGAUCUAGAUCCCUUGAAUGGUUUUGGCAAAUCUUCAACUCCAUUUUCUCCAGAGAAGGGUAGCAGAGGGAAGGACAGGAGCCCUUUGAUGUCAGGAUCAAGUGCGAGUGAUACUCAAACACCUGCAGGUCAGGAUCAUGCGAGAUCUUCUGUUAGACAAUCUGAAAGCCACUCAAAGAGGAAUGCACCUGAUGACAGUUUUCAGGAACCCCCACCUUUUGACGUUCCAAAUGUUUCAGAGAAUUUGCAGAAAUCUUAUCAUCAAAAUGCUUCUUCACCUCCACGUGUCAGUUCUAAUGUUAACGAGAUAAAUUCCCCGGCAGAUGCGUCUCCGAGAUCACAAGAACAUGGCCAAACACUUGAUGAUAUUUGGUUAACUGUGUUCGAGAUUCCUCUUUUCACUCCACCCACAAAUGCUCCUCCUCCUUCGCGACCUCCACCUCCUAUACCAAGGCGAACUUCAAAAGCAGAAACAGGAUUCUUUUCUUCAAAUACAAAGAAGAAGAGUGAUGACUUUGCUUCACCACCAAGCUACAGUUCCUUCUCUCAAAGUCCUAAUGCAGCUUGGACUGCAGGGAAGGGCAAUUCUGCUUCUCAAAUAGACGAACUUGAGGAUUUUGCCACGGGCAGGACUCAAAACAGUGUUGAUGAAUCUAAUGUCCAUUUGGAAGAAGAAAUGAAUGCAAGCUCAGUAGCUGCUGCAUCAGCAGCUGCCAUGAAGGAGGCUAUGGAUAGGGCAGAGGCUAAAUUCAGGCAUGCUAAGGAAGUACGCGAGAGAGAAUAUGCAAAAGUGGCUAGAAGUCGAGAAAAUGUGCAUGACAUGCAAGAUGUGCAGGAGAGAGACUACAGGGAAAAUCAAGAGAGGUUGGAAAAAGAGCGGCUACAAAGGGAAGAGGAGGAGAGAGAACAGAGGAGACUUGAGAGAGCAAGGGAGAUUGAAAGGGAGAGAGCUAGACAUGCUGUGGAAAGGGCAACUAGGGAAGCUCGUGAGAGAGCAGCUGCUGAAGCUCGCUUAAAAGCAGAACGGGCUGCUGUUGAAAAAGUACAAGCAGAAGCUCGAGAACGGGCCGAGAGGGCAGCAGUUCAGAGAGCCCAAAAUGAAGCCCGUGAAAGGGCAGGAGCAGAAGCUAGGGAAAGAGCAGAGAAAGCUGCUGCCGAAGCCAGGGAAAGGGCUAAUGCAGAAACUAGGGAGAGAGAAGCACGAGAUAGAGCUGCAUCUGAAAAGGCUGCUGCAGAAGCACGGCGUCGAGCUGAGCGAGCUGCUGUUGAAAGGGCUGCUGCAGAGGCUCGGGAGAGAGCAGCAGCAGAAGCUAGAGAAAAGGCGGCUGCUGCUGCACGGGCGAAUCAGCAGAGGAAUGAUAAUGAUUUUGAAUCAUUUUUUAGCAUGAAUUCUCGACCCAGCAGUGCACCAAGACCAAGGGCCAAUUCUUCUGAAACAAUGUUCGAUACAAAUUUCCAAAGUACUGGUGGACCUCAAGGGCCAAAACCAACUUCAUUUGGCGGAACCUCAUCCAACAUGAGGAAAGCAUCUUCAACAACCAACAUCGUUGAUGAUUUAUCUUCGAUUUUUGCAGCUCCAUCAUCUGGAGAAUUUCAGGAGGUUGAAGGAGAAACUGAAGAAAGAAGAAGAGCUAGAAUGGAGCGCCACCAACGGACUAAAGAGCGUGCAGCUAAAGCACUAGCAGAAAAGAAUCAGCGUGACAUUCAAGCUCUGAAGGAACAGGAAGAAAGAUAUAGGAUAGCUGAAACAUUAGAUAUUGAAAUCAAACGUUGGGCUGCAGGGAAAGAAGGAAAUCUGCGUGCACUCCUGUCUACCUUGCAAUAUGUGCUUUGGCCUGAAUGUGGUUGGCAACCUGUUUCUUUGACUGAUCUGAUUACUGGUCCAAAUGUCAAAAAAGUAUAUAGAAAAGCAACUUUAUGCAUACAUCCUGACAAGGUGCAACAGAAAGGUGCAACUCUUCAGCAGAAGUACAUUGCUGAGAAGGUCUUUGAUCUACUUAAGGAAGCCUGGAACAAAUUCAAUUCGGAGGAGCUCUUUUAAAUGCUUGAUCAUUCUUUAUCUGUGAGAUCGAACUCUUUAAAAGCAGCAUAUUUUGUAGAAGAUAAAUGAUUUUGGGUAAGACUCUGAUGAGAUCAGCACCGUUGUGCUAUUUUUCGUUGGGUUUCUGAGGUGUCAAUUGUGAAACGAGGUGGUUGUAGAAUAUGGAGUUUGCUUGUGCGGUGAAAUCAACUAUAACAUUGUUGCUGUAAAUGGAUGAUAUUGCACGAGGAAUAUGGAGCAAAGGAAUUGGGAUGGUUGAUUGGUGUUAAGAAUAGCGUUGUCUUCAUUCUCUGCUCCUGUGUCACACUUGGGUCUUCAAAAUGAAUGCUUAAGAUGAUUGUUCUUGUAUUUUGCCAAAUUUUUACCUGUUUCAUCAUUGUUUUGGUUAUAUAGUCUUGGUGGUCUAAGAUGUAUACAGCACUUGCCUUUGAGAACAUUAAAAUGAGCCUUGUUCUAUUGUCGAGCUGAGAAUUCGACAGCGUGUACUCAUUUUGGCUGUCAAGUUUUUGGGCAUCUGAUGGCAAUUUUUUUCUUUGUUGUUCUUUGCU